GAUUCCAGUACAGAAGGAGCCACACUUCGCCUCUGAGGUGCACUACUUUGAGCACAAACUGAAGAGUCAGAUAGAAUCCGAGAUUCAGUACUAUCAGCCCGCCAUCCAGUACUAUCAGCAGGAUUCGAGGAUUCCGGUGGGACCGGUGGAGAUUCGCUACUACAACCAGGAGCCGUUCGGCCUGCUGGAAUUCGAGAACCAGUUGUACCAGCCCGACUUGGAGGAGCUGGCCAACCACACGGCUGGCCAAUCUCCGGCUGAAGCUGGUCAGGAGCAGCAGCAGCUGGCCUCCGAGGCAAAGACCCAAACGGAACAAAACCCAGAGUCAAACGAAGCUACCGAACUACAUCCUUACACCGAGUGCGUGCGCAAACUCCUUGAGCUCAUCGGCGAGGCCUGCGAUAGUUUGAAAGCCCAUCCGGAGCACUUCCAAGCCGCCGGCUAUCGCUUGGCCCUAUUGCAAUUGCGCCAGAAGCUGGCCAAUGUGUGCCACCAGCUGGUAGAGGAAGCCAUUCGCGGAGAAUCCACCAAGCAGAGCGUCGUCCUGCUCAGGGAAAUCUUUCUGGGCAUCGAGGAGACUGAGCUUCCGAAGCAGAGGGCCACCGGGCAAAGAGACGAGCUCCAAAACGGAAUUUCGAUGGGCUUGGAAAUUUUGAAGAGACUAAGACAGUUAGUUACCGGUUGGUAUAAGCCCAAGGAAGAGGAAUCGGACAGCGGGGAGGCGGAAACGGGUCGAAACCGAGCUGCUGAUUCAGCUAAUUCAACCUGGAAAAGACGCCACCAGGAGGAGAAUACACGGCCGAUCAAGUACCGGCGGGUGGACAACUCCUUUCCCCGCUUCAUAACGAAUGAGCCAGCCGCCGAGGACCUGAUACCCAGCAAGUCCAUGGCCGAGCGGGAGCGCGAGAAUCAACAGCAACAGCAGCAUCAGCAGCAGCAGGGCUCGAAGCGGCUCUCGAUAUUCAAUCCGCCUGUAUACACGCAGCACCGUGUGCGCAAUGAAGCCCCCUACAUACCCAAUCCCUUCGACGUCUCGGACGAUGAUGAGCCUGCCCAGAGAUUUGCCAACGCCGCUGGUCCAUCGGCCAGACACCCCCAGCUGCUCUACUCGGAUGCCGUGCGUCUGGGUCAGAAUGGCUUCGUCGGCGAGGCCCGUGUAAACGGUCAUGCGAGCCGCAGAGCUCCCGCUCAGGCGGAGAAGAGCAUCCUCACCCACGAGAUGGAGCGCAUGGAGCACGAACAGUAUAUGAACCUCAUACACACGGUGACCCACAAUGAUUCCGUGGCCAGUCGCUUCGCCAAGCCGAAUCCACCGCCGCUGCAGCGCAUUGACGCCCAGCCGGCCACCUGGAGUUCCAUGCUGCACAACAACCAAUCUCGUUCGUUGCAGCAGCAUCAGCAGCAACCGUCGUCGUCUUCUUCGAGGCGCCCCGAUAACCGCGGCCUCUCCGACUACGCCAGACUGAUCAGAAGCAGCAGUAGCAGCAGCCAGGCAGAGCGGCAAAAGCCGUCGCCAGCACCAACACCGCCGCCGCAGCUAAUGCGCAUUGGUAGCUUCAACAACAGCCGUGCCUCCACCCUCUCCAGCAGCUCGGGAAGCAGCGAAAGCUCAAACAGCGGCUCCUCCGAUUCCUUGGUGAUGGUCACAGCCGCAGAUGAUGGCUCGAAUGAAAGGAAGGCCGCCAACACGAUGACCAACCACACUGACGCUGCGAAAUCGCCCAGUGGCCAGACGCCUUCCAGGCUCGCUGUGACCGAUGCCCUGCAACGUCGCUUCGCCAGCUGCAUCUACCUCAAGGAUGACUUCGUGGAGCAGUUCAAGGCCAAGUCGGCUCGCAUCCAGGAGGAAACCGAGCACCGUCGUAAAUUGGCCGUCGUGGAGGCUAAACGCACCACAGAGGAACGACGUGACUACGAGUAUAAACUGCGGGAGAACAUCUUCCAGUACCGCAUCCUCCACAAGCCGAUCUUCGUCAUCGGAUCGGUGGACAAGCCGGCUUCUCAACCGAAGGAAACCAAAAUCAUUCCGCUUACCAAGGAGCACAUAAGGCGCUAUAACGAGUUGAUGACGGGCGAAGUAUCGACGGUUCUUGUUGUCAAGUUCAACAUGCACAUCACCCGCCGCGACAUUCGGACAAUGCUGGAUGGCGAGUGGCUGAACGACGAGGUGAUUAACUUCUACAUGAACUUGAUGACCGAACGCUCGGAGAAGCGUCCUGGCGAACUGCCCGCCACGUACGCGAUGAACACAUUCUUCGUGCCGCGCCUUCUGCAGGCUGGACAUGCGGGCGUAAAGCGCUGGACCCGCAAGGUCGAUAUCUUCUCCAAGGACGUCAUUCCGGUGCCGGUGCACGUCAACGGCGUCCACUGGUGCAUGGCCAUCAUCCACAUGCGCAACAAGACGAUUCACUAUUACGAUUCCAUGGGACAGCCGAAUCAGCCCGUGCUGAACGCUCUGGAGGCCUAUCUGCGCGAGGAGUCCUUGGACAAGCGCAAGCAGCCCUUCGAUACGAGCGUCUUCAAGAUCGAGAGCGCACCCAAUGUGCCGCAACAACAGAAUGGCAGCGAUUGCGGCGUUUUUAGCUGCAUGUUCGCCGAAUACAUUUCGCGCGAUGUCCCGAUCACCUUUUGCCAAACGGAAAUGGAGUAUUUCCGCAGGAAGAUGGUGCUGGAGAUUGCGGCUGGUGAGAUUUGGAACUAAGGAGAUAGUGUCGGUCAUCCACACAGCAACUAGUUCUAGCUUAGGAGAAGAUCGGAGGGAGAUCGAAGCUCUUAAUUUAUUUUUUAGUAAUCUAACAACAACUUUCCAAGCAGGGAAACGCAGUUCCAGUCCAGUUCGACCCCCGGCAUGCGUUUCCCUGUUCUCAUCUCAUUUUACCUUCGUACACAAAAGACAAUGGCGACCCUUUAUGGUUCGAUUGUACACACGAAAGCAUCAACCAUCUACUACUAAAUGUAAAAGUUUUAAAUAUCAGAUGAAAAAGGAGAAUUUAGCCAUCUGAUUGUAACAGAGAAAUUAGUUUUUCAAUAAAGCGCUAUAAAGAAACAA